CAACAAAAAAAAAAAGAAAGCACAAUCAAAAUUGGCAUCCCUGUAAGAAAGUUCCAUUCUUGCUUGCGGGAGAUGUACGGUGUUGGUGGAUCGGGGACAGCGGGGUUGGCAGAGGUAUACGCGAUGAGAAAAAUGUAUAAGGAAAACAUGAAGAAAAAAAUUGAGGCCGCAGCAGCAGCAAAAGAAGAUAAAUACAAUGUUGUAGAGAAGACCAAAAUCGGGGAAAUGAAGAAACCAAAGAAAAGUCUCCAGACUAAUUCGAGGGUUUCCUCCGUAGAUAUUUAACAAUCUCUGUAGCUUUGCAUUUAACUUUUAACUGUUUUAUGAUGGGUUCAGUUUGUUCUUUCCUGUAAUUUAUUUUUCGUUAUCAAUAAUGUUUUUUUUUUUUGCUUUUA